CCCGUUUCCGUUCACAGAUCCCUUUCAGUUUAUUAUCAACUUGUUUUUAUAAUAAGAAGCCGAAACCUUUCCAUUAUUUGAACGGAUUCGUUUCCGUUUCCAUAGCACGUUUUUAGUAAACAAACUGUUUGCUUAUUAGAAUAACGUACGUGCUUAAUGUGAGUGCAAUAUUUUGUUUUCAAUAAUGCCUAUGUCAGAACAAUUAAGGAAAAUGGUUGCUGAAGGGAAAAUCAAAAAAAAAAGACCCAGGGCAGAAUCAUGGACUGCAGGAAAGAGAUGGGAUAGAUUAAAAACUGUAAAACAAAAAUUAGAAACCCUUCAUGGAGAAAAUGAGGUGCAAUAUGCUCUGUUUGUGGUGUAUCCAAAUCCCCGAGGAGAUCCUUCCCAUUAUCUGUUCAAGGAAGGGGAAGAUAUUGAAAAGCUAGUCAACGAAAACAUGCUCUUCAACAAGAAUUUUCUCCACCUUAAACCUGCAUGGAAGAACCCCCCUCAAUUUAACCAAGAGCCCAUUGUAAAAAAAAAAAAGGAAAAUCCCAAAACUAAUGAAAAUGAACUACCGAAUCCCAACAGAGAUACUAAUAGUGCAGCUGAUGUUCAUGAAACUGAUGAUCCCAUCAGGACUCAAUCUGGUCUCACUCCUGAAUUUGUUGAAGAGAACAGUUUACGUGCAGUUGAAUUGAUCAAUUCUGAUCCCAUCCCUCAACGUGGUGAAACUGAUGAAGAAAACAGUCUACAUGCAGUUGAAUUGAUCAAUCCUGAUCCCAUCCCUCAACGUGGUGAAACUGAUGAAGAGAACAGUCUACAUGCAGUUGAAUUGAUCAACUCUGAUCCCAACACUCAACGUGGUCUCACUUCUAAAAUUGAUGAAGAGAACAGUCUACGUACAGUUGAAAUUAUCAACUCUGAUCCCAUUACUCAAUGUGGUCUCACUUCUGAAAUUGAUAAAGUGAACAGUCUACGUACAGUUGAAUUGAUCAAUCCUGAUCCCAACACUCAACUUGGUCUCAUUUCUAAAAAAAAUCCAGUGCCUGGUACUGAAAUGCUGAUAUCACCUGGGUCACAUUUGCUUCGUGAAAUUUGUCAGCCUGGUGCUGACUACAAAGCUUUGUUUCAGCUCCAAGAAAAAUGCAGAUUUGAACAGCCAUUCAAUCCCUUUACAUUCAUCAUAAACGAGGAAGAAUAUGUUGUAGGAGCAAUUAGAAAAGAACCAAAGCAGCGCAUGAAAACAUUUGGAUCACUUAUGACGGAGCCAAGGCCGGCUUCCGUCAGCGCCCUCUCCCUUGUUCGUGACGCCAUUGCCCGGCUACCUAACGGGGUUGGGUCCGUCAAUGAUGUAACCGACUUGCUCAGCUACUCCCAGUACAUCAAGAAAUCCAGCAAAAUUAUUGAUUUAGUUGUUUAUUGUAUUUAUUUAUACUUAUUGUGAUCAAGACUCCGACAGUGAAUCUCAUCAAGACUUCAACAGUGACUCUCACCAAGACUCCGACUCAGAUUCUGAUCGUGAUGUCUCUGAACCUGACCCCAUCACUGUAUUGACUCUGUAGACGUUUUCAUGUGUUUGUGAUGUGGGACUAUAUCAUUAAUAAACUUUUGUCCGGUAACCAG